UAUAGGAUGCAUACAAACUGCAGUGAGAGGUGUAAAAGCUGGUACUAGACGCGUAUCGUGUAUCUGUCGAAAGUAGCGAAUGUGGAGCGCGGGUCGUCGAACCGCAACUGUCAAAAUAGUAGAGCUAGAUGCAAACGAGUGUCAUUGAUUGUGCGGUGCAGCCGGCGACCUUGUCGCGCCCGCGCCCCUCGCGACGUCAUGCGGGGGCGCGCCGCUGACGUCAGCGGCCUCGCCGUCAGCCCGGCAGCACGUGAACACCACGCGCCGGCACGCGCCGGCUGCGUGAUCACCCGCCGCCCAUUGGCCCGCGCAGCCGAGCCGCCCGCUCCCAUUGGCUGCCCGCCUCCCCCGCGCCCCGCACUCGCAUGCCUCGUACGGCGACCGCGAGCCGAACGGUUUAUUCGUCUGCCGCCCGCUAGCAGCACCACACGGCUCCCAACAGCGGAAGCGCCAAACGAAAACACAAGUUUUGUGAAUUAAAAAAGAAAGUUUUAUUGCGUUGAAUGCUAGUAGUAUUAUCAGAAUGUCGACUCUGCUCGAAGUUUGUGGACCCCUCUCACCGCCGUCAACGCCACCGUUGAUGGAAAACAAAGUCGAGUUACCUUACAAGAAGGCUGCAGUGAAGCGCGCCCGCGAGUCUCCGCCGCCCACCGGGCUGGUGACGCCGCAGCCCUCCGACUCGGAGGGCGAGGAGGAGUGCAACAAGCGCGCGCGCUGCGAGCUGGCGCGCCUGCUGCUCAGCACGCCGCCGCCCGAGCCCUGCUGCCGGCCCUCCGUCAUCAUGCGCGCGCACAAGGACGGCACCUGCAGCCCCGAGCCGCUGCCGCCGCCGCCGCAGGACAUCAACAUGAACAUCCUCAAAACGCUCAAAUUCAAAAUGAAUAGAGGACACAGUUACUCGCAAGCUAAAUACAUUGCGUCGCAAGCUCAAGUAGUGCCACCGAUCACAGUGGAGCCUCCCAGCCCGCCGCCCAAGGUGGAGGAGGCUCGCGUGCCGUCGCCGCACCCCGAGUGCCUGCCCGCGCACGCGGAGGCGCGCGACGAGCAGCGCGUGCCGCAGGCGCCGUCCCCGGCCGCCACCCCGGGCUGGGUGCCGCUGGCGCCGCGGCCCGCGCCCGCCGUGCUCGUGCCCGGCACGCUGCUGCCCACCACAGCGCUGUGGCUGGUGGCUCCGGCCCCCGCCGCGCGCCGCCGCCUCUAUGAGUGCUCCUACCCCGGCUGCGGGAAAAACUACUUCAAAUCGUCCCACCUGAAAGCGCACGCCAGGACCCACACAGGCGAGCGUCCGUUCCGUUGCGCGUGGCCAGGCUGUGAGCGCCGGUUCUCGCGCUCGGACGAGCUGUCCCGUCACAAGCGCACACACACGGGAGAGAAGAAGUUCGGGUGCCGCGUGUGCAGCCGGCGCUUCAUGCGCUCCGACCACCUCGCCAAGCACGUGAAGAGACACAGCAAGGAGCGCGCGCCGGCGCCCGUGCUCAAGCUGCUGCCCUCGCCGCUGCCCGUGCACGCCGUCGCGCCCGCGCACUGAGCGCCGGCUCGACAUACCUCGACUGUGAUCCAGAUCUCAUGAUCGUUACCUAGUUGUAGUUGUACUCAUCUCUAAGACUGUCCUAUGUCUACUUAAGUAGCAUCUAGAUGUAAGGAAAUAUGUUAUUGUUAGCGACGUUAAGCUUCCAAAAGAUUAAACUGAAUGAUUUAUACAA